AGUGCCCAGCGCUUCUUCGUCAUCUGACAGCUGACUUGAUGGAGUGGACGUACGAAGGGAAAUACCUGACCGUGAGUAGAACGUCGGCCACGCAGGAGGGGCCCUUCACAGCAGGAUCUAGCCUUGAGUCCGAGUACUGGUCCUUUCAGGGAACCCAGCUGAAGAUGAACCGAAAGUUUGUCUAUGGAGAUGCUCCAUCAAGUGGUGCCAGUGCUGAGCCCAAGGCUGCGGGCAAGGUCUCGGAGAGCAAGCCGUCGGCCUCCAAGAGCCCGCUGCAGGAUGCAGAGCAGUACCUGAUGAAGCAUCAGGUGCAGGCGAGGAUCGAGCAGGCAGUGAACGAGAUUCUCAAGUCUAUGCCGGAGAACCCAAUGGCUGCCCUUGCUCAAGCCCUGCAGACCCUGACACCAGCGAGUAGCAGUGAAGUCUCGAAGCCGCAGGCCCCGGCGGUGGACGUGGGGGCGCUGGAGGCUGAGAUCAAGAGCCAAGGAGAAAAGAUCCGUAGCAUGAAGGAGGCCGUGAAGAGUGAUCCCUCUGCGUUCUCCAAGGAGCAGAUCGACGUCGAGGUCGCCAAGCUCAAGGAGCUGAAAGCGAAGAUGCCAGCAGACUCCUCUGACAAGGACAAGGGCGACAAGAAGGAGAAAGGGAAGAAGGGAAAGGAAGACAGCAAGGCCAGCAAGCACAUGAUCC